GAAGUCGUGCCAAGAUACGUCGUCCGGAUAUGCCAGCAGCUACACCCACUUACUGCUCCCUGCUCCACAGCAGCUCCUUUUAGCUACAAUUUCCCUCGUUUGUCUUUCCAAAGAUGUCUUUGAAAGAGAAAAGUGACGAGGAGCUCAGCAAGCUGCUCUCUGAGUAUGGCAUCAAACAUGGACCCAUAGUCGACUCUACACGGAAGCUGUAUGAAAAGAAGCUUGAGAAGGCCAUGGAGGACGCUCCGGCGGAAGUACCCUCGCCUGAUAAAACGUACUACAGAGAGGAAGCGGAGGAAGUAACCUACAUCACAUACCACCACAGCCCGGUCAGACAAGAGGUGCAUUCUGAUGUUGUGAAACGAAGAGGCAACGCUGAGCCAGAUCAAGAGGAGGAACCGGUCCAAUACACAGAGCCCCCUGUCCAGAUCACUAAAAGAACAGCCAAUCACAGCGCAGCACCACGAUUCAAGGAGCCUGCGAGGGAGUCAGGCUGCAGCGUGUGGAAGGUGAUUCGGCUGCUGCUGCUGUUAGCUGUGUUAGCAGCUGCCGUCUACUACGCAUACUGCCGGGUGGUCAACAAUGAAGAGGCUCCUUCUGGGAUUCAAUGACCGGAUAUAUGUUGUAAUGAUGAUCAUUCCAAUUCUUCUCAGAUAGUGUCAACAGUAGAGAGAGUGACCACAUGCCAUAAAGGCUACAACAUUCUAGUUUGCUUAGUGUCACUAAGUCAGUGAAAUAAACAAAACCAGACAAAGUAUGAUCUUGUUAGGAAUAGCCUGAUAUGUUAUUCAUGUGUCAGUGUUUCCCUGACCAUUGUAUUGGGAGUGGGGGCUAUUAGAAUCCCCUCCCCCUGACCACCAAGAAAUGAUUGAUUUCAAUCAUUCGGCUUUUAUAAUAAACAGAUAUAAUAUAGAAAUGUUGUCCCUCAAUCAUGUUUAGUUCAAUAACUGCAUUCCUGAAUGUAGAACUGUUAUUUUGGCGGUGAAGGUUUUAUUUUUUUACUCUGAUUGGUCCAACUUGAGAGCAGAUUGCCUGUCUGUGUCUAUAUAUAUUGUGUGUGCUUUGUUAGGUAUUUGACAAUGCUUGAAAUAGAUCCAAAUAUUGCACAAUUAAAAUCUUUGAAUAGCUUUUAAUACA